AUGGCCGACAAUUCAAAUAUCACCAUCGAACCCGUCUCCGACGCCUCAGACUUUACCCAAAUCUUCCACUGUGUCGCCGAAGCCUUCGGCCGCCAAGCCAAGGACUCCGUCUGGAUAGUCACGAGUCCAGGAUGGGACACCCCCGAUGGCCAAAAAAGGGGCGCUGCUAGCCUUGUAAAGCGGUGGCAAAACGUCAAGACCAACAAGAGCGGCAAACCCAACACCGUCUUUCUCAAAGCCACACUUCCCGAUCCCGCAGAUGCGAGUAAGCGCCGCAUAGCUGGCAUGGCUAUAUGGCAGCAAGCUUCAUUUGUAGAUGGGUAUGGUGAUCCUCCUACAGACGACCUCGGAGCAGACUUGCUUCAAACCCUGGAUCCUACUGAUGCCCGGUUCGCUGGUCAGAUGUUCAAGUCGUUGUGGAAGCGGAGGAUUGCGUAUGCAAAGGAGAAGGCUAGUGCUGAUCCGCCAGCUAUCUUCGUUCUGGACAUGUGCGCGGUAGAUCCGGAUUUUCAGAGGAGAGGAAUUGCGCAGAAGUUGGUGCAAUGGGGUUUGGACGAGGCGAAGAGAAGGGGCGACUUGGAAUGUACGACGGAGGCGAGUAGUAUGGGAAGGGGCGCGUAUCAAAAGCUGGGGUUCCAGCCGGAAGGAACGGAAGACAUCGUGUACGAAGUCGACGCCGAGUUCGCAAGUCGGGACAAACCGCCAAAUCUCUUCUUACGGACAGGUGUCAAGCACUAG